AUGACUUGCAAUGAUCUCAAUACAGAGUUUAAGGUCACUCAGUGUAGGUUGAACAUUUUUGAAGGCAGAAUGUCAUCUCAAGGAGUGAGAGAGGCUGCAAAGAGCUUAGUGAAGGCCCUCGAGCGGUUCCCAAAUGAGCGCAUAAAGCACUUGGUAUCUUUCAAACAAUCGCAGAUGGAGAGAUUUAAUAGGGUGGCCGGAUUACAGAUUGGACAGUCCAAGGAUGCAAGUGAUAGUAAAGUGUCGCUGGACGAUAUCAAAGAUAUCAUAAACAGAACGUCAGCUCCUUUGGGUUUGCAGAAGAAUCUGCUUAAAAAAAUGCAAUCUGCAAUGGUCAAUGAGGAUCUCACGGAGCAGAGCAUCAAGGAGCAAAUUAGCGCUUUGAACACGCUGACUACGGAUAAAUAUAAGCAAUACUACGAUGUGAGCGAUAAACUGUACAAGCCGCAGGGGAAUCCGCAGUACUAUAAGAGGAUAUUGGACGAGAUCGAGGGCAAGAAGAAGGAGACUUUCAUGACAGCGCUGAGAACAGUCAUAUUGGGUAAAUGA